AUGUCUGGCGCACGGCAUUGGGAACAAGACAAAGACAGCACACUCUACGUUGGCAACCUCGACGAACGCUGCACCGAUGCUCUGGUCUGGGAAUUGAUGCUUCAAGCUGGACCUGUGAUCAACGUGCACUUACCCAAAGAUCGCGUGACACAAUCGCACCAAGGAUAUGGCUUCGUGGAGUUUGGAAGUGAAGAUGACGCAGAUUAUGCCUGCAAGAUCAUGAAUCAGAUCAGGUUAUGGGGAAAACCGAUUCGAGUCAACAAGGCCAGUGCAGACAAGAGGAGUGGAGAGAAUGGCGGGCUGGGAGGAGGUGCGGGUGUUGGCGCGGAACUCUUCGUUGGCAAUUUGGACACACUGGUGGACGAGAAAGUGCUGUACGAGACUUUCAGCCGGUUUGGUCCUCUGGUCGCUGCUCCAAAGGUCGCGAGAGACGAGAGCAACCUCAGCAAAGGAUAUGGUUUCGUCAGCUACGCAACCUUCGAGAGCUCAGACCAAGCCAUCGAACAUAUGCAUGGCCAGUAUUUGAUGAACAAGGAGAUCACAGUGCAAUAUGCAUACAAGAAGGACGGCAAGGGCGAGAGACACGGAGACGCAGCAGAACGAGCACUCGCAGCACAAGCACGGAAACAUGGUGUCGAAGUCGCCAUACCUGCACUCCCCGCAGCACUCGUCAUGCCAAACAACACGCCCUCCGCACCAGCUGCUAUGAAUGGCUACCCUGUAGGAGGACCAGUCGGCGGUCUCCCUCCACCGAACGGCAUGCCACCACGACCAAUCUCAACACCACAAGCACCGCCUUCAUAUGGCGGCUACGGACAUCAAGCAUACGGCGCACCGCCUACACCGACAGGUUUUGGCAAUCUUCCACAACCAACCAUGACUGGCACAAUACCAAACGGAGCCGCUCUACCAAGCAGACAACAAUACAAUCAAUCACCACUACAAGCCCCGCCACCUGCUGCUGGCUUGCCUGCACGACCACCACCCGGCAAUGGAGGUUACGGAGGACCGCAGGCGGCUCCUGGCAUGCAGGCUGGAUUCCAGGGCAUGCACCCACCGCCUAUGGGGUUCCCACCUGCGAACCUGCCUCCACCACCGGCUGGGUUUCCACCACAGCAGUUUAGACAAGCGCCACCACCGUCUGGAUUUCCACCGCCACGACAGUAA